UGUGAGAAAGUACAGUGAUCGGGUGACAAAGAUGGCUGACAGGCUACUUCCGGUGACCAGCGCGCAGUCUAUGAUGGCUUUGCUCACUUGCCUCCUUCAUGCAGUCAUGUGAGGACUUGAGGAAGAAAAGAGUUUUCGCCGAUUCAAAGAAGUAAACAAAUCAGGUUGCUGAAACAGCUGACUGUUUGAAUGACCGCAUCAGAGACUGCAUCGCUGAUUUCCUGUCGUCUGGAGACUUGGUGACUGUCAGCGACGAGGAGGUGUGUGUCGCACUUGUCGUCAGUGACUCAUUGUCGUCUGUCUGAGGAACUGCAUAAGUUUCCAGUAUCGUAAACUUUAAAGUGAUCACCAUGACAACCAAUUCCCCUGAUGGACACACGGCACAGCUGGCUUUAGAAGUUAAUGCUGUUAUUCCAACACAAAGGAACUUGGAGACAAGUGUGCUUGUGACAAACUCUGUGAUGCCACACCAGUCAUUAAAUAUCUCCAUAGAUACAUCCAGCCUUGCUGGGGACACUGGAGGCUUUCUGCAGCCCAGACCACCCCUCCACCACUCAACGAUGACAUGUAUAACACAGAAGACCUGAUGGCUGAUAAUUACAUUGAUACUGAUGCUUGUGACAAUGAAAUGUCUGAUAAUACAACUAGUAACCUCCAGUGCCUUAUGCAUCUACUUAAAGGAAAUAUAGGGACUGGGAUCUUGGCCAUGCCUGUUGCUAUUUACAAUGCAGGACUGUGGACAGGUUUUGCAGGCAUCUUGCUGAUUGGUGCUAUGGCAGUACACUGUAUGCAUAUGCUCAUCAGGUGUAGUCACAUCUUGUGUAGAAGGACAGGGUCUAAAAGUCUGAGUUAUGCAGAUGCAAUGGAGACAUGUCUUAAAACAGGACCUCAGAGACUAAAAAAGUUUGCCCGUGCAUCAAGACACUUGGUUAAUGGUCUGCUUCUUUUCACUCAGCUGGGUUUCUGCUCUGUAUAUAUUGUCUUCAUUGCUGAAAAUUUACAGCAGAUAGUCCAGACAAUGACAUCUCAUGACCCAAAUCUACGUGUGUAUGAGGUUGUGGUGAUGGUGUUACUUAUUCCUUACACACUGCUACGCAAUCUCCGAGUUUUGGCCCCUUUUUCAUCUUUUGCAAAUUUAUUGACACUGACAGGCUUAAUCAUUAUUUUUCAGUACAUCGUAAGAGGAUUAGAGGAUUCUGAAAAACUCCCUGCCUUUUCAGACCUUAGUCGACUACCAUUAUUUUUUGGAACAGCUAUAUUUGCAUUUGAGGGCAUCAGCUUGGUCCUACCUUUGGAGCACAGCAUGCGAAACCCUCAAGACUUUGGAGGAUGGACUGGCGUCUUGAACCUUGGUAUGGUCUUUGUCACCUGUCUGUACACAGCUGUGGGAUUCUAUGGUUACCUUCGAUUUACAGACAGUGUUAAAGGCAGCAUCACUUUAAAUAUUCCUACAGAUGAUUGGUUAUAUUUGUCAGUGAAGCUUAUGUUUGCAAUCUCCAUCUAUGUGUCAUAUGGCAUCCAGUUAUAUGUUCCCAUUAGAAUCAUCUGGCCAAGUCUUGAAGAAAAGUUACAUAGGGAUUGGCAGAAGAAACAUGGAGAAUCCUUACUUAGAGUGUCCUUCGUGAUCCUCACAGCUGUGUUUGCUGUGCUCAUUCCUCAUCUGGAUUUGCUGAUCUCUCUGAUUGGAGCUCUGGCCAGUUCAUCUCUAGCCGCCAUCUUGCCCGCGUUUAUAGAGUUUAUAACGCUGUCUGUGGAGAAAGGAGGUGUAAGUCCUGUUGUCAUCGCCAAGGACGUUUUCCUUUUUCUUGUUGGCCUCUUGGGGUGUGUCACAGGUACAUACGCAUCUGUACAAGCCAUUGUAAAAACCUUUUAAUUAAGGGAACAAGAGUAAAUAAAGCAAGAAGUGCUAAAGACAUGAAAACUGUAGUGACUAAAUCAUCUGCAGGAAUCCUAAUUUGUAUUGACUACAAAGUUCUUGCACUGUUAUUUAAUGUGAAUCAAUUACCAUUGUAAUUUGUUUAUGAAACUUAAGCUGAACGUGUGUGAUAAUAGUUUUCAAAUAAAGAGAUUAUUUUGCUGUUUUGUUACAUCAUGACAAAGUGUCAGACAUUGAAGACAAAUGAUCAAAAUUUGUACAAAAUAUAUAGUUAUUAAACUUCUAUGAGAUCUUACAGGGUUAAUGUUAAUCUCCAUAGAAGAAGAAUAAUUUUGUUUUUGCACCUCCUGUUAUCAUAUGUUUUGAAUAUCAGACAUUUCAUUCUUUAGAACCUGAAGAAAAAAGAAAUUUAUGCUUAUUCAAUUCAUUUUUUUCCUUUGUAAACAGAUCUACCCUACAUGGGUAUAGAGUAGUCUCUUUGUUUUGAAACCAGUGCUCAUGAUUAUUGUUAUGUUUUAUUUAUGUUUUGUUUUCUUUUGGUAAGUGGGUGGGGGGUAUUUUGAGACUACCUUUGAUGGUGGUGAAGCACUCUUUCAAUCAACUUUAUUUCUGUUACAUGCCUCUAUGUAAAGUGCUUUGAGUUUAGCUGAUGCUGGAGAAAGGUGCUGUAUAAAUGUGCCAGUUAUCAUUAUCAUCUCAGACUGUAAUUCUUGCUUGUAUUCAUUGUAUGAAUGGGAUCUGGUGCUUCUAUUCAUGAUAUGAAUAUGAUGUGGUUCUUGUAUUCACUAUGUGGAUGUGAUGUGUGCUUGUAUUCACUAUGUGGAUGUGAUGUGCUUGUAUUCAUGAUAUGAAUGUGAUAUGGUGCUUGUAUUCACCAUGUGAAUGUGAUAUAGUGCUUGUGGUUAAACCUGUCAUCUUCCAUUUCUUUGCGGAAGAUGUUUCUUCAGUAAAUGAAAGGCCUUGGUAUCUUUAGUGUAAAAGAUCUUUGCUCUUUGUCAUUUACUCUAUCAGACACACACAAAACUCAACUGAAAAGUUUAGUUUUUCAGCAUAGUGGAUUAGAAACAUGACUCUAGCUUUAUAAAUGCUGUUAAUGAACUCUUCACUAGUCUGAGCUUUUAACACAAUUCUAUUUGAUAUAAAAAGUUGUUAUUUCAUAAAAUGCAACAGACGAGCACAAAAAUUUUAUUGAGACUGUUGAUGGUUGACUAACAAGUCAAGACCUUUUAUUCAUUCCAAGAAAAGAAAUCCUCCCCACUGGCUUCAAGAAGUUUGUAAACAAGACAAAGUAAAAUUAUUAGAACAAAUAAAUCAUAACUUAAGAAUAAAAUCUUGAACAAAACGCUGACCUGUUGGCAUUUUACAAAGUGUAUCAUGCACAGAAGUGAAUGUAUUUUGUUCAUAAGAAAGUUUGUUUGAACUGGACCAGUAGAUUCGUUAUGAGCAAUAGAAUUGACAGAGCACAUGUUAUUUUGUCUCAAGAAUAAGAUCAGCUGUCGGUUUUUCACAAUUUUUGUUUGAUUGUUUGUCAUAAAGCUUCACUAUUUUUUAUGUCUUAUUGCAUAGUCUGCUAGAAGAUAACUCAGGUAAAUUACCAUUGCUGAGAUGCUGCAUCAUAACAUUCCUGACCAAGCAUUUCAGUGCUUUUUGCUGGAAGCUGGAACACACAAUGACAUGAAAUGCAGCGCUUUCCUGCUCAAAAUGACUUUUUUAAUAGUGCUUUAUUCUUUAUUGUUCUGUAAACAUUUGGUUAAAAUAUUGGACAUGUUUAAGUACAUUUUCAGGAUUUUUCUGUAAUUUUGAAAUGUGCACUCAGUCUGAUAUAAGGGUAGAAAGUUUAACUAAAAUAUCUAUUGUAAAAUGUGAUGUACACUUGCACAAAAUUCAUCCUAGAAGAAAGUGAGUGAUUGAGAGAGAGUAUGUGCGUGUGUACAUGCACAAAAGCUCAUGAUUGCAUCUUAUAUUUAGACAUUUGUCAUUGAAGUGCAUUCCAUGACAAUCUUUCUAUUAUCUUAAGUUGUUUUAGAGAUAUCUGUGUUGAAAUAUAUCUAGUGCCUAUUGAUGGAGGAACCCACAUUGUUCUCAAUGAAAGGGUAGAUAACUACAAGCAUUAAAACUUUUGAAAUGGCAUAAUAAAACUGUUCUACUGGUUGUGACUGUUGACAAAAUUAUAAUCCCCAUCAGUGUUGCUUAUCAUCAUCACAUCAUUCUCAUCAAUAUCACUUCCAUCACAUCAUCAUUGCUCUUGGUAAUGUCAUUCAGAUAUACAUUGUUGAUGUUGUCUGAAGUUCAGGCUUAUUCUGGACAGUCUGUCAGUUUACUUUCAUGCAGACGACAAUAUAAAAGCAUAGUCACACCUUUCAUCUUAUCCACACCCACCUUCACACUCUCACAUAUGCACGCAAACUCAAACUUGCUUUGCUGGUAAUAAUAACUGUCCCCACUAGCUUUCCUCCUGAUUAGGUUAACAAUGUCACAAUAAUUAAUUUGCCCUUUGGAAGCUGGCGUUCUCGGAAAUAAAACAUUCGACAUCGACAUUCACUGCAUUCAGCGCUUUUAACUAAUGUGGAGGAUAGGACGAAGUCAGCAAAAAAGAAAGAAAAAAAAAAAGAAAGACGGGAUGAGAUGACGAGAAGAGAUUAAGAAAACGAUGAUAAUGAAGGGCGAAGGAAACAAUACCAGCUGCCCGCUCAGGCCGAGCUGGUUAGAAUAAUGCUUUGUGGGGGAGGUGUUGGGGAUGGGGUGUGUGUGUUGGGGAGGGUGGAGGGAAAGAAGUGCAGAAAAACCAAGUGAAAACGGGGUUUGCUUUCGUCUAGACAGUCGCCUGAUGAAAAGCCAUUUAUUGUGGCGUUACUUUGUCCCACAAACCUUAUCAAGCCCCGCAAAAAGGAUGGGGGUAGAGGGCAAGAAAAGAAGGCCGUGCAGCUUUAACAUGAGUCAUCGACAUCGACUGUGCUCUGUAAAGGUUGAUUUCGUUAGAACACGAACUUGCAUUCAGACUGAUAUUGGAACAUCUCGUAUGAACCAAAAAGCAAGCAAAAGAGAAAAAAAUAUAUGAAAGGGACAGAAAAAAAAAAACGGGUAUGAAAGGAGUCGGUGUUUUUAUUUUCAAGAAAUUCCUAUUUGACCACAGCUCAAAGUAUAUAAAGGGACAUAAUUAAUGUAGUCUAUUAAAACAGUUUAAUCGCUGCUACCUCCCUUUGCGUGCCGCUUCCUCCCACC